GGGCCGCCGCCGGUGGGAAUGGCGGUGCGGGGGAAGGGCAAGUAUCAUCCGCUCUCGGGCGCGGACGUGGGCGCGGGCGCGGGCACGGACGCGGGGACGCAGCAUCAUCAGCUGCGGCUUGCGGAGCGCGGGCGGCGGAUGAGCGCGCCGGGCACUGUGGGGAGCGGGGUGGGCGCGUUUGGGCUGGAGCUGGGGCUGGGGCUGUCGAUGCCGAUGCCGAUGUCAGGGGCGUCGCUUAGGCGGGGCGCGGGUGCGGGUGCGGGCGUGGGCACGGGUGGGGUGGGUGAGCGGGGCGAGCGGGGCGAGUCGAGGGCGUAGGGCGAGGAGGAGAGGCGGCUUGGUGGACUAAUUACUAUGCAUGCGUACAUACCUCGUGUUCUAUCUUUUCGCGUUUGCGUUUGCGUUGAGGGUGCUUCCUUUCAUUUCAGUACGGCAGCGUCGGUUUCUUUCUUGUUCUUGUUACAUACUGCUCGACUGACUCUGUUUGCCUCGGCCGUAUACGAUCCUAAUGAACGAUU